GUCGUCUUCCAUCCGGGUCUGUCUCAGCGAUUCGGAUUUGAAUGGUACUCUAACCUCGCUCAGAAGACCACGCCCUCCAGCUACCAUAGUUGGAGCGAUGUCGAGACUAGACGAUGUCGCGGUCCUCUUCACAUCUUGUAUGAAGGACCCAGUGCGACCAAAAGGCUGCGCCAGAUUGCUUUGCGGCUGCCUCCACGUCUUGGACGGCCAAAGUGAAGAUACCCGAUUUGCGCUGCUGGAGCGCUAUAACAUGCCCAACUACGAAGACUAUGAAUACAUCCGCAGGACGUACUCCGAAUAUUUAAGUGCAUGCGCUGCCUUCCUCAGUUUGCCGCUCUCAACUCAGGAUGAAGAGGAACUCAAUUCCUCUUUGCGGACAUGCACCUGCUUCCGCAGAGACGAACGCAACCCGGGCGAGCUGCUCCUAUGGCUACACACGUUCGAGACCGCUCACGAGUUUGCCCUGGACGACUUCAUCCAAGCUCUCAUUCGUCACCUGGCCGGCAUCCUCAACAACGCAGUCAAGACAAAGACCGUCCCUGGCGUUGCUGCCUUGCGCGGUCUCAAACGAUACCGUAAGAAGUAUGCGGCAAAUCCACCGUGGCCCGUGGACAAAUCCCAGCUCAUUCCCCAUGGCAUCGAGCAGUCGAUGAAAGGCUACGCGGAAGCCUUCCGCUGGUGUCCUCUUGACCGCUUCCAUGACGGUCUUCUUCUCGUCGACAAACUUCUCGCCAUCUGCGGCCGAUCAGUCAUUGCCCACCUUCUCCAAUUCCUCCCCGAGUUUCCCAUCAGAAUCACUGGCCUUUCUAACGCUCUCUGCCAAGAGUGUGAGGCGACACGGGGAACAACUGUCGAUUUUGGCGUGGAACGAAGCUGGAUGUGUACUCUGGUUAUUAUCGUGGACUUUUGCAGAACCCUCUUGACUCUAGGUGAAACAACCUCUACCGAUAUCUCGUUGUUUGUCCGCGUAGCCGCGCCGUACAAAGGCACGAACAGAAGCAUCGGUCUCCUCUUCGUAUGCGACACAAUCCUCAAUCACCUGCCGCUUAUCCGGGAGAGUACCACCCUCUUUACUGAGUUCUACUUCAACGAGUUCGCUAUGACGUUCGCUCGCUUUGGCGCGAUAUUUUACUCGUACAACUCACCCGAGGACACCACCGUCUACCAUGACGCAAUCCUCCUCCUGCAUGAAGAACUCGCCGACGAUUACGAGGACUCAUCGAAGGCUGCCUGGGAAGGCUUCGUCUGGAUCUCCGCGAUACGACGCUGCUGCGCACCCGAAUGCCCCGAGACUUUUGUCACCGCGCAGCGAACAUUCGCUCGGUGUGCAGGCUGCGGCGUCCCACGGUACUGCUCGCGCGAGUGCCAGAAACUCGCCUGGAAGCAUGCAGUGUUCCCACACAAGGAUGUUUGCACGAAGCUGCGCGUGCUCAAAGAAAGGACGAAUCUCCCGAAAGACCGGGUCCUGACGCAGAAUGAGCACAUGCCCUUCAUCGAUGCAUGCAACGCUGACGAUGAGCUUGCCGCGUUAGCUCAGGAGUGCGGGAGACAUCUCCGGAAUAUGAUGAAGGCGCGCAAGGAGUCCGUGCCGGAGGCGUUCGAGGCGUUUCAAGCGAAACUCGCAAAAGGAGCUGAUCCAGCCACGAAGUAAUCCCCUCCACGAGUACGUAUGUGAUUCUGCUUCUCAUCCCUUCACUGCAUUAUAACCCCUGCAACUAGUACGAACUUCUGCUGACGUGUGUGCUUAGGUAUUGGACCCGAUUCAUACCCUAUGCACAUCGUUCACCCUACAUUUCUUGUAGCUGCGCUUCACUUCCCGGAUGGUUCAAGUCGUAUUUCAUCUCACUUGCCUGUGUGUAACGGUAUUUAAGUACUACUCGUGUACCUUUCAUGCUACACGGUGGACUUCUUAGUAAGGCCGGAUCCUUCAACUCUAGUACCGCCACAAGGCGAGCGAUGUUCUGCAUGCUCACUAGUCGCCCGUGACUUCGCAGGUAGUACAAACGAGAGUAACUCUUUUUGGUCAGCAACGGAGACUA